AUGGAAGUUGUGCCCGAGAGGCCUAAAUUCACCAAGACAGACUGCCCGAAAUGCCGAAUAGAAGCUGGCGCCUGUCAUCCAAAGACAAAGAAUAUCGAGAUUCGGCGAACCUGUUAUCGACUGCUUGCCAACGGGAUCUGCCAACAACUGACCUCUCGACGAUACAAGCCAUGCAAAAGCUGCUCGCAAUCCAUGAAUCGUCGAGUCGGACUAUGCGACUACUGCCGAAAGUCUAGGCGAGUUGAGAUUUCCAUACAAUUCCGCGAAGAGGCUGGAAAGUAUCGCUGCCUCACUAUUCAAAGGCAACACAUGGAGCCAUGCCGUAAGUUCUGA